AAUACGCUGAUUUGUGUGUGAUUAAUUAUUUUGGUUUGCACAAAUUCUGUUUCUCAAGCAGACCUUCACAAUGCCAGGCUGAUUUAAGGUUUUUGGGGGUUUUGCUCCAAGUUGAUUCAUUGAUAUUGUGAAAUCGUUAGCAAUGAAUGUGCGCUAUUCAAAGUGUCAGAGUCUCAAACGUGACGCACAACUAGAUAUCAAGUCUUGUACAGAAGAGCGUUCACUGAGAAGAGCCGGCUUGGGUUGACACUUGAAACGGCCAAUGCGAUGUCUGUGAAAUUGUCCCCUCCUCUUUUGUGGUCUACGUUUCAAGUCAUUAAACAUUUGAAGCUCUCUGGAGAAACUGAUGCACUUGUGGAACAACAAAAUGCGGACGACGCUUCAUCUGCUGCUCCUGCUGAUCCCGUUUGGAGGAUACACGGGUCAGCCCACCUUCACAACAGAGACCAAAAAAGUUGGACAAAGUGUCUCUCUGGAAUGUCCCCGCAACUCCUCUGAAAUUCAGGCUCUUCAUAUUUGGAUUCGACUUGCUUCUGGAAGCUUCCCAGAAAUCUUAGGUCAGAUGUCAUCCUUUGAUAUGGCAGAACCCAAAACUGGGACAUCAAAGAGUGGACGUCGUAUAACAGUCAAGCAAGAGCCAGGGAAGUUUGUUCUGCAAAUUAGUCAGGUGCAAAAAAUCGACACAGCGCUCUACUACUGUUUCAAAUUGCCAUCAUGGUUUCAAAAUAUGACAUUUUUGAAUGGAAUAUUUCUACUGGUCAAAGACGACCCAGAAGCAGAGACAGCCGUCACUGCUGUCACUCAUGACUUGCAGUUCAACAAGAGCCGAUCGCGGUGCUCGGUUCUCUCUCGCUCUGGUAAUAAAACGUGUGAGGAUGGACACAACUUUUAUUGGCUCAGAGCUGGACCAGAGGAUUCAAAUCCCCACUUCAUUUACACUCAUGACGAAUGUGAGAAAGUUGCAAAGGGCUCCAUGCAGGAAUGCGUUCACGCUUUCCAUAACAACGUCGACGCCGGAACGUACUCUUGUGCUGUGGCCACAUGUGGGCACAUUUUUAUGGCAAAGGCAACAAAGGUCAACACGCAAGACCCCAGCAAGUCUGAUUUCCUAAAGACUGUUAUCUUCGUCAUGGCUGCUGCUUUGACCUUAAUCUCCAUCCUGUCAGUUUUUCUCAUAUACAAGGUCAAGACAAAAACGUUUUGUUGCUGCAUAGCUUGUCUGCAAACUCGUGAAGAAACGUGCAGUGGUGUGCAGCAGAGAACCGAGGACACUUUGGUUUAUUCCGCUCCGACCAUCGUCGCCAGGACAAGUGGCAAAGAGAGCCAAACGAGAGCGAGACAAAAUGAGGAUUUUAGCACGUAUACGGACGUCUGCCUUUGCGAAACCACGGCGCUUCAUCUGCUGAUUCUGCUAAUCCCAUACGGAGGCAAGUCCGAGCUCAAGGACAAUGGGGAUAGAUGCACAAGUGGUCCCACCUUCACGACAGAGAUGACAGCGGUUGGACAAAAUGCCUCUCUGGAAUGUCUCAGAGAUGACACCACUGCGCGAGAUGUUCUUUUUUGGAUUCGACUUGUUUCUGGAACUUUUCCUGAAUUUUUAGGUCACAACGCACCCGGUGGUUUCACAAGACAGGAGUCGUCAAAGAGUGGACGUCGUAUCACAGUCAAGCAAGAGCCAGGGAAGUUUGUUCUGCAAAUUAGUCAGGUGCAAAAAAGUGACACAGCGCUCUACUACUGUUUCCUCUGGACACCGUGGAUUCAUGAUGUGAUAUUUUUGAAAGGAAUAUUUCUGCAGGUCAAGGAUUUUCCAGAAGCAAAAACCUCUGUCUUUGCUGUCACUCAUGACUUGUUGUCUGACGAGAGCCGUCUGGGACCAUCUGUGACCUCGCGCUGCUCGGUCGUCUCUCGCUCUGGGAGUAAAACGUGCGCAGAUGGACACAACGUUUAUUGGCUCAGAGCUGGACCAGAAGAUUCGAAUCCCCACUUCAUUUACACUCAUGACGAAUGUGAGAAAGUUGCAAAGGGCUCCAUGCAGGAAUGCGUUCACACUUUCCCAAACGUCAGCGCUGGAACCUACUCUUGUGCUGUGGUCACAUGUGGCCACAUUUUUAUGGCAAAGGCAACAAAGGUCAUCACGCAAGAUGGCAGCAAAUGUGAUAUACAUAGGUCUGUCAUCUUUGUCUUGGGUUCUGCUUUGGCCUUAAGUGGGAUCAUAUCAGCCUUCCUUAUAUGCAAGAUCAUGACAAAAGGCUGUUCUUACUGCAAAGCUUGUCGGCAAACUCAAGAAGAAACAUGCAGUGGAGCGCAGCAGAGAACCGAGGACACUUUGGUUUAUUCCGCGCCGACCAUCGUUGCCAGGAAAAGUGGCAAAGCCAGGCAAACGAGAACGAGAAAAAACGAGGGUUUUAGCACGUAUACCGACGUCUGCCUUCGCGAAGCUUAAUAAGGCGGAAAUGAUAAAAUGCUCGAAAACGUUCGCAUACCAGACCCUUUAUUUUAUUUUAUUUAUUUUUUUUACAGUCAGGAAAGAACCAUUUUUGGUGUGUUUAUGAACAAAAGUAACAACCAUGUGAUUGCUCUCAAUUAGAAAAUAUGUUUUAAGGCAAGGCAGCCUUAUUGUGUAGCGCAUUUCAUGCACAAGGUAACUCAAUGCGCUUCGCGUCCCUAAAAAUACAUUUAAAGAUAAUCACCCCAAAAAAUAUAAUUGAAGGCAUUUGAAAGCCAAGACACAAAAAACACAAACUAAAUAAUUUAAGACAUUUAAAAGCAAAGAGUUGGAAAUAUUUACUAAAAUUCAGUCAAUGAGAUCAGUUGGAUCUAAUGAUAAGUAAACAAUAUAGUUUACAAUUCCUCAGAUCAUAAAUGCAGCAAUCAUGAUGAAUAGUUUUGGACAAGUUACUAUAUUAAGAAAAAAAAUCUGAAUUUUUGUCAUUCAAUGACUGAUGAUAAUGACCAGGUUUCAUCACAAGCAAAAGUCUUAAUGAAGGCUUCAACAUGUGCUUUAUGUGAAAAUUAUGACAACUUAUUUUUAUUUUCAACAUGUUUUGUCGCUUGUCAUUGCAAACAAUAAAAUGUUUAAUCUUGAAAUAAAUGAACGGUAAAUAGUUCUGUUCUGAUUUUAACAAUGAUGCUGUAGUGCUUGAAGGGAUCAUUUGGACAGGAAGUCGAAAUCUCACGAGGUCACGCUUUCUUUUUUUAUUCAUUUACAAGCGUCAUCCACGACGAGCCUUCAACUUUCCAUUUAGCAUCUGUGGCAGGAAGUUCGAAGCGUGUGUGCAUGCGUUUCUGUUUUUUUUUUUUUGUGCUUUCCUGUGUUAACGCGUUUGUAUUGGUUCUCUUCAGCUUAAGAUAUUACUUUUUUGUCCCAGUCCCAGCUUCCUCCCCCAAAAAUGCUUGUCAUAUGAACUGAAGACAACAUUUUAGCGGGGAUCACAAAGGACCACACACUUCCAAAACAGAUAUGGCAAACAUUUUAAAUAUGGACAAAUUACAUCGCUGGGUGCAAAAUAA